AUGGCACUAAACGCUCAGGAUUCCGGAGAACCUUUCUUGCAAAGCUCUCCAUGCUUGGGCUCUCCUCUCGGACACUUCGCUCAAACUCCAACUCCCAUGAAGGCUGAACAAACUUCCGGUAGACCUGAGCAUAUUCCCAAUGGCUCCUCUACUGAGUUCCCGUACGGCUUAAUGAGUCCGAUGCAGGAGCAGCCGGUCCGAAUGGAAGAGGCACCUGCUGCAGAACCGGCCCGUGUCGAUCCUACCGAAUGGUACCCGCACUAUUUGGUCUGCUUACGGUACUUUUUGGAUCACGCGCAGCAUACGCUUCCUGUGCAAUCGAUGACUUCUUUUAUCAACAUUCGUCUACCUUGCCAGCGGCCGUCUGCUCCCGUUUUUCAGUUCACACAAACAGAGGGUUCCCCUGCGUCUGCUGCGACUGUUUCUUUGACGCCAUACAUUCGACGACUUAUUGUUACUGGGAACGACACGCCAGCCGUUCUGCACGCGUUCUUUGGCAAUGAUUGGGAAGCCGGCAUAGAAACCAUUUGGAAACAAGAGCGCAUGAAUUACUUGUUCACGGCCAAAAGCAGUGGAUGGGCCUCGACCAAGGAAGCCUAUGAUAUUCUCCCCGAUGAGCAAACCCCAACCCUACGGCCUCUUCGUAACUCUACGGAGGAGGAGCUGCGCUUAGCUGACGCGCGAUGGAGCGACUGGCUAGCCAUGGAGGACUGGAUGGUUGGGCCGCGAAGUCCAUGGUAA